AUGGAUGACCAUGAUGCUCUAUUGAUUGCUCUUGUAGUUAUUUUUGGUGUUUUACUUACUAUUAUUAUUGGUUUUUGUUGUUGUUGGUAUUUUCGAAAACAACGUCGAAAUAUUAAUUUACAAAAUUCUUCACUAUCGGAUGAAACACCUUUACUUCAUCGUCUUUCUCAACCACGUAUUGAACGUGCAAAAGCACAAGAAAAUUCAUCUUUAUUAACAUGUCAUUUUUAUAUACGAACAACCGGUGAAUAUACGUUUCAUUCUCAAUUAUCUCAACUUGGUUCUAAUCCGGAAAAAACUUGGUUUCUUAUAACACCAUUAUCAAAAACAAGUACAAUAUCAUUUAAUACUGCUUCUCAUCUUCUAACUAUUCAACCAAAAUCAGAUCGAUUAAAUCAUUUACAAGAUGAAGAAAGUACUGCAAUGUAUAUGCGAACAUUAAAUAAUCUUUUUAGUCGUUUAUUUCAUCCAUAUGUUGAAUCUAUUAUUAAAUUAGAUAUUUUAUAUACACAAAAAUUAGUUGUUAUGGUUCGACAAUAUCAACGUUUAGGUUCAUUAAAAGAUUUAUUACAUGGUGUUGUACCUACAGCUAAUUUCCAUGGUAAAUAUUCUUAUCGAAGUUCAGGUUUAUCACUUGAACGUGUACGUCUAUAUUCCUGUCAAUUACUUGAAGGUCUUCUUUUUCUUCAAUCAAAAUCAAUGCCACCUAUUCCAGAUUUACAUAGUGGAAAUAUUGUUGUAUCAGGUUCAUGUAUUCAAAUAGGUUCAUAUGAAAAUCAAUUUUUAGAACAACGUUCACGUGUAUAUCAAUUAAUUAAACGUGCAACAUCAUCAUUAGUACUUUCUGAAGGUAUGACAAAGGCACAAGCCUGUGAAGUUUUUGGUCUUGGUGGAAUUAUAUUUGAAAUGUUAACGGGAUAUGAAUUAGGUGAACAAUUACGUGGUUUAACACCUAAACAUUGGCAUGAUUGUGGAAGAGAUCCAGCUGCAAGAGAAAUGUUAACACGUCUAUUUGAUAUUACACAACCUGUAUUAACUUUAACUGAACUUCGAAAAUUUCCUUAUUUUACAAAUAAUUUAUCAAAACUUAAAGAAUUACAAAAUUUUAAAACAGUGCCAGGUGAAUAUUCGAAUGAUGUUAAAAGUUUACUUGAACAAUGGGCAAGUACUAUGCGAAGAAAACGAAAUUCAACUGUAAGAGCAACAACAAUGGAAAGACGACAAAGUUCGGUUGCACCAAGACAAACGGAAACAUCAAUUAUUAAUUUAAGUUAUACAGCGAAUACUAGUUCACCAACACCUACUUCAACUUCUACGACAACUAAAUCAAAUCCUUUAGGACCACCGCCUACACCAGUUUCAGCAGCACCACCACCACCGCCGCCACCACCACCAUCAAAAGCAAUGCCUCCACCGCCGCCGCCACCACCACCACCACCACCGCCUCCUGCUCCAUCGUCAGGUGGUUCAGGUGAUCGUGGAGCACUUUUAGAAAAUAUCCGUCUUGGAGCAGCACUUAAAAAGACAGUUACUAAUGAUCGAAGUGCACCAAAAGUUUAA